AUGACAUACACUCACACAGGGGUACACGCUUUGCUGUUGAACCAUGAAGUAUAUGCGUGUCUAUUGCAAUUGACAAACAAAAUUAUGCAUGACGAUUUAUCUCCACCGUACAAGAAACGUCGUACAGCUGUUGUUGGAUUUACAAUUGCAAGUAUUCUAGGAAAAUCUACAGAAUUACAAUCAACAAUUAUUAAAGAUUAUACGCAACGAAAUAAUGAACUACAUAAUCAUCUGAAUGCCACGUCUGAUGAUUUGUUAGGAAGUGCUGGUGAAGAAGGAUUAUGUGGUGAAGAUGGUACGAGUAGUAGUUCUUUAUCGCCACCAAAUACAACAUCAUUAUCAAAAUCGAAUGAUGAAUUACAUGGAAAAGAAACAACAUCGUUAUUAAUUGAAAAUAAUGAUGAGAUAUCGAAUAAUAAUCUAAGUGAUGAACGUCGACGAACGGAUUCAGAUUCAUGUGGUGAAAUAAGUUCCGAUGAACGUCCGAGAAAAGUUAGACGUAGUCGAACAACAUUUUCGACUUAUCAAUUACAUCAACUUGAACGUUCAUUUGAAAAAACACAAUAUCCCGAUGUAUUUACAAGAGAAGAUUUGGCGAUGCGAUUAGAUCUUUCUGAAGCCCGAGUUUGGUUUCAAAAUCGUCGAGCAAAAUGGCGAAAACGUGAAAAAGCGAUGGGACGUGAAUCGCCUAAUUUUAUUGGUGAAGGUAGUUUUGAAGCAUUUCGUCGUCAAAUGUCAAAUUAUUUAUCGAAUGCGUUAUUAGAUCCGACACGUUUACACGCCACACCGUAUCAUCUGUUAAAUCCAUUACUGAUGGGACAUAUUGAUGAAAAAGUACUUUCUCGUUUACCUAUACCAAAUCCGAUGAUAUCAUGCGUUUAUACGCCAAAUGAAAUGAAACAAAUAAACUCUAAUUCCUCUCCAUCAGUCUCUAUCUCUGGAACAAUAACAGCUCUCUCGUCUUCGUCAUCGUCUACGUCAUUGAAAGAACAAUUUAAUAUCGAACGUUUAGAUCGCAAAGUUGUUGCAACUGUGUAA